CUGUCUUCUCUUGAGAGCCAGGUCUCCCUAUGGUGGCCUUUCUCAAUAGCAAGGCUAUGUUCACUGAGUCUGUACAUAGUCAAAGCUUUCCUUAAUGUUUGGGUCAGUCACAGUGGUCUCUCUCUCGCUCUUUUUUUUAUAUCUCUCUCUCUUCCUCUCUCUCAUACACUUGCGUACACCACUAGCAGCGGUAGGAAAAACCCAGUGACGUUUCUCGUGCUCAUUAUUCUCAUCAAAAAGAUGUUCACUUUUCUCUCUCUGACGCGCGUGAACACCGGACGUCUGACGCCACCUGGGUCUCUUAUAAAAGUCACCCGGAGGGACGAUCUCAGCACGUAGCUCUUCGUCGAUCAUUCCUUAGUUUUCAACAGGGUACCGGAGGAUAACGCGCUGGCCAGUGUCUGUCUGUACACCAGCUCGUUGAGAAGCGGCUUUCACCUCAAGUGUCGGGUAAAAGACACAUUUCAGGUCUCAAUGCCACCCGGGUUCUAGCGAAGACACGCGGCUCAACUCGAGCUAAAACAAGACAAGAUGACCGGUAUCCACGUGGAGGGACUGGCGGCGAUCGCCCUCUUCUACGUUCUGAUCCUUGCGGUGGGGAUCUGGGCAGCGUGGAAGAACAAACACGCCGGGGAGGCGGAGGGCACAGACCGCAGUGAAACCAUCAUGGUUGGUGGAAGGGACAUUGGUUUAUUUGUUGGUGGUUUUACCAUGACCGCGACCUGGGUUGGUGGCGGAUACAUAAACGGAACGGCGGAGUACGUCUAUCUUCCUGGGUACGGCUUGGCUUGGGCACAAGCGCCUUUUGGAUAUGCGCUAAGUCUCGUCAUAGGGGGCCUGUUCUUCGCCAAGCCCAUGCGCUCCAGAGGUUAUGUCACCAUGCUGGACCCUUUCCAGCAGAAGUAUGGGAAGAGGAUGGGUGGUCUGCUCUUCAUACCUGCUCUAAUGGGAGAGAUCUUCUGGUCGGCGGCCAUUUUAUCUGCUCUGGGAGCCACGCUGAGUGUGAUCAUAGACAUAAACAUCAAGAUGUCUGUGGUGAUCUCUGCCUGUAUUGCAAUCUUCUACACGUUAGUCGGAGGUCUGUAUUCUGUAGCCUACACCGACGUGGUGCAACUCUUCUGUAUCUUCCUGGGACUGUGGGUUUCAGUGCCGUUCGCUCUGAACAACCCAGCGGUGUCUGACAUCAAGAUCAGUGCAGUGAAGGAGAUCUACCAAGCUCCCUGGAAGGGAAACAUCAAGAGAGAAGACGCCUGGGUCUGGAUAGACAACUUCUGUCUGCUGAUGUUGGGGGGGAUUCCCUGGCAGGUAUAUUUUCAACGGGUUCUCUCUGCCUCUUCAGCUACGUACGCCCAGGUGCUCUCGUUCAUCGCCGCUGCAGGGUGCCUGGUCAUGGCCGUGCCCUCAGUAAUGAUCGGGGCUAUAGGGGCCUCCACAGACUGGAACCAGACGGCGUAUGGACCUGUACCUCCCAAGGAGAGGGACCAGGCAGACAUGAUAUUACCCAUAGUCCUCCAGUACCUCUGUCCUCCCUUCGUCUCCUUCUUCGGCCUGGGGGCGGUCUCUGCUGCCGUGAUGUCAUCCGCCGACUCCUCCAUCCUAUCAGCUAGCUCCAUGUUCGCUCGGAACAUCUACCAGCUGGCUUUCCGCCAAUCGGCAUCGGACACCGAGAUCGUGUGGGUGAUGCGUGUCACCAUCUUUGUGUUCGGCGGCCUGGCCACGGCGAUGGCGUUGCUGACGGGGACGGUGUACGGGCUGUGGUACCUGAGCUCCGACCUGGUCUACGUUAUCAUCUUCCCUCAGCUCAUCUCCGUUCUCUUCGUCAAGGGAACCAACACGUACGGCUCCGUUGCUGCUUACGUCUUUGGUCUGAUCCUGCGGAUCGGAGGAGGGGAACCCUACCUCUCACUACCCCCCUUCAUCUACUACCCCGGCUGGCAGAUAGAGGACCGGAUCCAUCAUCUGACUGGAGAGGUGGAACACAUCGUGGUGCAGAAGUUCCCGUUUAAGACCGUCUCCAUGUUGGCCUCCUUCCUGGGCAACGUGGCUUUCUCCUACCUGGCCAAGUAUCUUUUCGAGAGCGGCAAGUUGUUGCCCAAGUAUGACUUCCUGGACGCGGUGUUGGCCCAGCACAGCAUAGAGAACAUGGACAAGACCACGUUGGUCAACCGUAACACCAUCGCGCUGUCUGAGAUGGCGGCUGUCAAACCACGACUCAGCGUUCAACUGGCGGCUACGUUCACUCGCAGAGACACUCUGGCUGAGGAGGACUCGAGUCCCGAAGACAGCCCCAACCACGAGACCCUGGACUAAACCCCGGACCUUGAACCCGGAACGUACAGAGACUAAAGAGAGGACUGAAAUGACGGCGACUGAAAUACACAUUUUGACUCGUUUGAUAUUUAACCACUUUGAUUUGAUCCCCAUCACGGCCAAGUGAAUUAUGAAGAUGGAACAGAAUCGAUGGCAUGGAGAUAAUGCCAUCUAUUGGGGCGGCAGGGUAGCUUGGUGCUUAGACCGUUGGACGAGUAAACGAAAGGUUGCAAGAACGGAUCCCCCGAGCUGAUAAGGUUAAAAAUCUGUCGUUCUGCCCCCUGAACCAGGCAGUUAACACCACUGUUCCUAGGCCAUCAUUGUAAAUAAGAUUUUGUUCUUAAGCUGACUUGCCUCGUUAAAUAAAGGUUCAAAUAAGAGGACAUUACGAAGAUGGAACAGAAUAGAUGGCACGGAGAUAAGAGGACAUUAUGAAGAUGGAACAGAAUAGAUGGCACGGAGAUAAGAGGA